GCCAGACCCAACCAAAUACUAGCAGUGAACAGACAAUCCAACAAUGGGCCACUCAAGCGACCCAGCAACUAUCCUUCUAAACGCUUUUAAAGAUCAUGAUAUUCCAGUCAAACGCGUCGAGGUUGCAUCGGCUUUUACCGAUGGGAAAGAAGCAGCCGGGAACGCAAAAUGGGUGAUGGAGUAUUUGAACCAUGACACUCUCUUGUCACGAGAAGAACUCACACUGUAUACAAAGCUUGAAAGUGCUGGCACUUUGCGGAAUUUUAUCCGUAAACCUGAUACCAGUGAGGGUCGGCCGUUCCUCGAUGAAGACAUUCGGAGAGCAAUCAAUUCACUGAACGCCUCAACUGCCGUGUUUCAAAAACAAACAGGGAUAUUAGCGUCUCUGUGUGAGGAUAUAGACAAACAACUUCGCCGGGAAACUGAACGAGGAGCCAGACACAACAGGGAUAUAGAACGACUGCGUCAGAGACGUGAAUUGGAAAAGCAAAACACAAAUGCCGCGACCAGGGAGUUAGCCGAUAAAGUCAGCGCAGGCUUGAGGAUCGAAUCGGAGAAUGCAGCAGUCGAUAGUAAAAGAAUAUUGUCCUCUCUCGCAGCUUGGCUAAAGGAAGACGAUCGAGUAUUGGCGGACCUAGGGCGACUUGUAUCUGGUUUAAAACCUACUGGCGAUGAUGCCCUUGCUGUGAAGCGAACCUCUGAGUUGAGCAUGAUACUCGCACAGUGUCUUGCAGAGGAACUGCAGCACCGACUCGAUCGAAUGUACUUGGAGAACCUCAGGGCCGGUCCAUUCAAGGCCGCCCAGGUAUCUGACACGGUCGAUGAUGAUAUUUUGAUCGCAUUGGAAGGAGAAUUAGAAUCUUUGUAUCCGGAGAUCGACAUACUGGCUGAGAUGUAUACGAAGCAACAAUACGCUACACCCAUACUACGUGAGCUUCGAAAUCACCACAGCCAUUUGCGCAUUGCCUCCCAUAGGAAGCUCGACUAUAUCUUAGACCUAGUCACCGAGAUGAAGUUAUCUACCGACCGCCUUAUCAGAUCCCUACAAGAUCGCGAGUCAUUCUGUGGAACACUUGAAGCUCUUAACACCAUCUAUCGAACUAAAAUAGGCGAUCAGUUCUCCGAUCUUCCUGUACCAAGACGAGGACCUUCUGCAAGACGUUCGAACCCACCAACGUUGAUGUCUACGUCUUCCGCGACACGCAUUGGUUCACUUUCGGAGCCUCAGAUCCUGGCCGCUGUCUUGCGCCGUACUGGUUUAACUUUUGAGUCCUUGUUCCAGCCCAAAGAAAACGGCAGAGAUGUCAAUGCGCUUUCCGAAAAGAGGCAACACAUAAUAGAUUGUCUGCAUGAUUACGGGAUAGCCGCAGAUACACCUCUGGUGGCGGACAUGAUUUCAAGCGAUCGGGCAACCCGGCUUCUUUCGUCCUCCUUGCGCGCCAAUUCACACUUUACAACUUUGCUUACGAAUGCAGCCCAUGAGGCCCAACUCUCUGAACUUGAGUCAAACUUGGCCCGCAUACAGAAAGGAAUUGAGUUUCUCGACCUGGACGUACUUUUUCGACAUAAUGAGGACCGAGAAAAGCUCACGGAAAGGUGGGGUUGACAUAAGGCAGUGGAUGCUUGAGUGACUAGCUUCAAAUACAAAUUGUAUGGCUGUAGUUACAAGGUGGGAAGGAAGCUUGUGGAGCCUGGAGCCUUGCAGCUGGCUGCCUUUUUGGCUAGUAAAGUCAACCUGUUGAAAUAAGGAGCCAAGGGAUGAACAAAACGAGGUUCUGCUACCUAUUACUAUUAGCAGUACAGUAUAAGGGCAGUACAACGACUAAACUCGACCUCGGUUGUCAAAAUAAAUAUGUGGCUGGUGCAGUAGUAAUUGACCCUGCGCCACAUAACGUUACUAUCAGCUGCAGCCGCCAUCAUCUCAUCAUCAGCUGUACAUGAAUCAUGUGGUCAUUGUUCACAGGGUAUAUACUGUGUAGGGAGCCUUGGAUGCCCUUAAGCUCACUAGCCAGGAACUAAGUCCUUAUAGGUCCC